UAAUUCAGGACUGGUUGCAUGCACGGUCUGGUUUUUAAGAGGGAUAGCACAUUGCCAUGCACACUACUCCCUACAGGCUCAGCAGAGAAUAGCGACAACAGCAGCUCUCUUGCUCUCUCUCACUCCGGCUCUCUCCACCUCUACCAGACAAGACUCCUCCUCUCCAUCUCUCUGUGACUCCCUCUCUCCUGCAUAUGAUCUGUACUUCACUUCCUCCCAGCUGAAGCAGGAGAUAACAGCACGCUAUAUACAGAGAGCACAAAGGAAAAACCAGAGAAGAAAGGGACGAGACGGCUGUGCUUUUUUGUAGAUCAGAAGAACGCUGCUCCCCGUGACUUCACUGAGAGAAAGAGUCUGAGGCCAGCUUCAGCAGCAAGCUACCUUGAGUUAAAGCUUCUGCCUGGCUCCCACAUCCAGCGAUGAGUCGAAGGGAGGCUCGGGUGGGGAACCCUGCGCCCACCGCAGCGCCUGAGGUACCGGGCAACAGCACAGAGGCAGCAGGACCUGGACCCCGUGAGACCAAAGAUGAGAUGUUCUCUAAAGUCAAAGACAAGUUCAUGAAUGAACUGCACAAAAUCCCACUGCCAUCAUGGGCUAUCGUUGCCAUUGCAUUCGUUGCUGUUGUACUAGUUGUCUCCUGCUGCUUCUGCAUCUGCAAAAAGUGGAUAUUCAAGAAGAAGAACAAGAAAAAGGGCAAAGACAAGGGCAAGAAUGCCAUCAACAUGAAGGACGUGAAGGACGGUAUUAAAACCGAGGCCUUGAAGGAUGAGGAUGAUGCAGAAACAGGGCUGACGGAUACAGAGAAAGAGGUGGAACCUAAGGAAGAAGAGAAACUUGGCAAAUUACAGUACUCCAUGGAUUACAAUUUCACAGAGAAUACGCUCAUAGUGGGGAUUAUCCAAGCAGCAGAACUGCCCGCCAUGGAUAUGGGUGGUACCUCUGACCCAUACGUGAAGGUCUACCUUCUUCCAGAUAAGAAGAAGAAAUUUGAGACCAAGGUCCACCGGAAGACGUUGAAUCCUGUUUUCAAUGAGCAGUUCACCUUUAAGGUUCCCUACACUGAGCUCGGAGGGAAGACUUUGGUGAUGACAGUAUACGACUUUGACCGCUUCUCCAAACACGAUGCCAUCGGAGAUGUGAAGGUGCCCAUGAAUAAAGUCGACUUUAGUCACGUGACUGAGGAGUGGAGGGACCUCCAGAGCGCUGAAAAAGAAGAGCAAGAGAAGCUGGGCGACAUCUGUUUCUCUCUGCGGUAUGUGCCCACUGCUGGCAAACUGACCGUGGUCGUUCUGGAGGCCAAGAACCUGAAGAAGAUGGAUGUCGGUGGCCUGUCAGAUCCUUACGUCAAGAUUCAUCUGAUGCAGAAUGGCAAACGGCUGAAAAAGAAGAAGACGACAAUCAAAAAGAACACCCUCAACCCUUACUACAACGAGUCCUUCAGUUUCGAAGUGCCAUUCGAACAAAUCCAGAAAGUUCAAGUUGUUAUAACUGUUCUGGACUAUGACAAGAUUGGCAAGAACGAUGCCAUCGGGAAGGUGUUUGUGGGCUUGAACAGCACAGGCACCGAGCUCCGUCACUGGUCAGACAUGCUGGCCAACCCGAGGAGACCCAUCGCGCAGUGGCACGUGCUUAAACCCGAGGAGGAAGUGGAUGCCCUGCUGGCAGCUCAGAAAAAAUAGAGCAGUCCUCGGCCAAACCCCUGCCCCCCUCCCCUUCCCACAGUCCCGCCCGUGUAGUGCUCUUUACCCAGUGCGUGUAAAUACCUCAGUGAUAUAAGGAUCCAUGCACCCUCACUCCUAAUUUGGUGUCUAAGAAAAGCCGCCUUCUCGGACCACCCCUGAGAUGUUGUGUUGUUAUGUCGUUUUCGACCCUCGGCCCUUCCUUCUGUCGAUAAACUCUUCUCUGUCCUUUAUCGUUUCGCCUUCAUCCACGACCUUAAUAUCCCCGACCAAACGCCCCCUUCUUUUAAGCAAUAUGAUCUGUAUAGAUAGCGCAUGAGUGGAGGAAUUUAUUGUACCACAGGUGUAUAUAUCAGUAUGCAGACUCAAAUGAUUUCUAGUUUAUGUGUUUGUAUGUUGUUACCCGUUUCCUAAUCUGUGUAUAUCUCGAUGUUUUUAAUAAGAUGUUCUAUUUUAAAUGAUGUAAAUGCAGACAUAGAAGAGCCAAUAUUAUAUAUAACGGGAUUGAAGAAUUUUACCUAAUUGCAUUCCAGUAAAAUAUAGGAUAGAUAUAUAUCUAUAUCUAUAUAAAUAUUUACGAAUGGAAGAAAUCCAACCUGCAAGACGCUAGUGGAGGUACACUUACUUCGUAAAGGACGGUUUGCACUUCAUGUUUACUUAAAAACAAAAAAAAAUGCAUACAAAUGUACUGAAAGCGUCAAACACACACACACACACGCACACACACACAACACAAAGGCCAUUAACUGAUAUGGUUUCAUUGUAUAAAUAUUAUAUGCUGCUGACAAUUAUACAAGCACAUGAUUUCGUAAGAACUUUUUGUACUGAUUUAUCAAACUGAGGACCUGUACGCUUCGCUUAAACCACUUUAAUCGAAGAAUUACUUGAUGAAAACCAAUCAGCCUUUUUUUUCUUUGAUUUGUCAUACGGUGAUGCUGUUACCUUUCAGUAAAACGGGUCCCCGGGUUGCUUCUUUCUUCUUUUCUGUCCUUUGACUCCCUCACCUGGUUCGACACAUUGAAGAAAAAGGAAAUUGCUCCUACAUUGGGACAGUCUCGAGCUGUAGCCAUUGUGUUCUAGAAGCUUGAUUUUGUGAACGGCUUGCUUUCUCGUUACGUUGUUGGACUGAUUCUGUUGCGGUUGAGCCUCCAAAAAUUGAAACCAAGAGUUUUGGCUCUAGCUUUAAGACGAGUCAUUUUUUUUUCGAUUCAGUCAGCGUGCGAGUAUUUUUGGUAACUGCAUGAUUUCUUUAUUUUUUUUACAAUCUUUGCUAAAGGCUGGGUAAAGGGGGGAUUUAUUUACACCGGGGCGUCUGUUUCAAGAGACUCCCUUGCCUUCAAUCAAUAGGUAAUCAAAAGGAAACUAUGGGAGCGGAGGAGGAGAGGCGAGCUUUUAAACACUGCCAUUGUUUUUAGGGAGGUACGAGACGUACGCUACGCCUCCCUCCACGCACACUCCACUUUGUAAAAGUGGUCGUAGCUUCAGUUCAUCGGUGAACAAUGUAUUUUGGCCGCAGCGGUGCCCUAAACAGCAGUUUUUGCUUUGUGUUGCCUUCUCACAGUGACAAUAGAGUUAGCCAUGCUUUACUGCCAAUCCUUUUCCCCCGUGGCUACUGUUUUGCACUGUACCGUCUUUGAAGAGACAAUAGCUUGUCGGGACGUCCGUUGAGUCAAAAGCGCGCGAUCGUUAGCGAAUCUUUAACAAUAACCGUAAAAGUUAAUGGUCUGUACAGGUGAUAACAUUACAUUCAAAUGUCCUUUACUACGGGUCUAACAAGAGGGCGAGUAGACGUCGAGUCCAUUAAACCCAUGAGUUAUCUUGGAGGAACCUCUUGCGUACACUAGAUGCUAGCUUCAGGAGGAGUUUCUACGUGUUUUCAAUGUUACUGUGUAGGUGAUAGCACUGUUACAUAAAACAAAAGAAGACAAAAAAAGCUGUUUGUCAUUCCAUAGGAGUCUUUAAGGACUGAGUUGUGUAUCACUGUGACUGCGGUGUGUGCUUAGCGUUGUAGUUUUCAGUAGGUAGCUGCCAUCUUGUACUAUAGUGAUGUCGUGCUACCAUCCCCAAUCACACAACGAGAGCACGAGAGAGCGAAAUGGACAGUUUUUUUCUUUUUGAAUAAAAGCGUGCGCUCGCGCGGGUCACUUCACAUAGCGUUUUGUUGAGCACUGUGCAAUAUUUGUAUGUUCAUUCCCUUUCGUCGAAACGGACGGCAUCGCUCAACAAGGGGGCGAAAAAUAAUGAAAAAAAAAGAAAAGACACAACCCCUAGCAGCGAGACGAUGCAUCCAUAGACCGUAGUCCGGUUAGGUCACAGCACACGUGUGUGUAGUUCGGAGCUCAACAUCUGUAAACUUGUUAAAGAUUCCUCCGUUAUUUUCCCAGUUGAGUUUUCCCGCGCACACAGAUUUAACCAUCCAAACAUUCGGGUAAACAAACGUAUAUGUAGGAUGUAUCCCAAAUAUGAGAUAAUUUAUCUACCCACCUAUCUAUCUAUCUAUCUAUCUCUCUCUCUAUAUAUAAAUAAAUAUAGAAAUGAUAUAAAUAUAUAUAUAUAAAUCCUUCCCUUUCAGAAUAGCUGUAUAUAUUUUUAUAUUUGUCCUGAUAUCAUUUCCUCAUUAUUGAGACCACCUGGUUGUAAGAGAAUUGUCGUUAUCAAUCUUGUUAUGGAAACUCUCUGUUGUACUAUGAAUAUGAUUGGCUGUACCAUUUUGUUAUCGCUGUUAUGAUUACACUCAUGACUAUUACCUGGUUAUCGUUCCUUUAGUGCCCUAUCGAAGACCAUUUUAUAUUUAUUAUGGAACUCAGAAUGUACAGUAUGGACUGUGUGUGUUUCGUUUCUACUUUUUAUCGUGGGACCAAGUAUAGUUGGCACUUUCAUUUCAAUGUUGCAAUAAAUAUCGAUUCAUGUGUUUAAUUGAGAGCCGAUUUGAUUUCUUACCCUGUCCGAGAGAUAAUCUCGAAGAAAUGUCCAUAAUGUGUAAUCGCGACUAUAGGUACAAUUAUUAAUGGAGCGCUCCUGCGUUAACCGACUUGUGUACUCUCAUUUAUAUCAGUAUCUACGAUAUCCUAACGUGAGGCUUGUUUGUAAAACAAGGAUAAAAAUGCAGUUUUCGAGUCACACUCGUUCCUAUUCGUACGGCAGAAAGGUGGUGCUGCACUAUCAGGUGUCUGCGCUUUAGGCGCAGAACUGGACGAACAGUAGAAGACAGCAUCGCUGGUCGCACCUCAGAGGUCUGUAAGUAGUCUGAAAAGCCAUUUCUAGCCCUGCAAAGCAACGCUAUCUUUUACCGAAGCCUACCAAAGCACGCAAACAGCUCCGACAAGCGCACCCGACAACUUGAAGA